CCCACCUGAAUAUGGGCAGAGCAGAAAGUGAGAAGAGUUCCUGACUGGGCAGCGGAACACGGAGUUUUUUUUUAAAAGACAUGGAACAUCCAGGCUCUUCCCCCGAGGGACCCGGCGGGAGGGUCGGGUCAGGGGUCGCGGAACAGCCGCUCUCCCCCCGGUACGACCCCCGACGCUGGUCCGUGGUCGGCCUGUCCGUCCUGGGCUCCGCGGGGUGUGUGUCCGCGGUCGGCUGCUUGUGCGCCUUCAUCUACCCCAUCCUGAAAGAGCUGCGGGCAGGGAGAGUGAGAGGAGAGGACGGGACUGAAGAGAGAAUCCUGGGUUUCUGGAGCAUCCUUGUGCUGUCAGUAGUCGUUGGAUUCAUCUGCUGCGUCUUCUCGUGGACUCUCACCUACCUGGACUCAUACCAGCCGGGCAAGGGCUUCCUGUCACCGCUGCCACCGGCCCACCUCAGAGAUGAACCUGGCCAUCGGUCUCAGGUGGGUUAUGGAGCUGUCGUCCUCAACGGCCUCAUGGCCGUGCUCACCGUCUUCUGGAUCCUCACCUGACACACACACACACACACACAC